AGAGCCAUUAUCUUUCGUUUUCGGUCAAGAUGGCGGCUUGUCCCAUUCAUUUCUUUGUUGUCCUUGCAGCACGCGACGCCCCGCGCCCACUUUCGUGUGUUCGGCAUCUGGUCAACAAUCUGGUCUCAACGAGGUCUGAAAGAGAAGUGACCAAUAUAAUUGCUGCUCGCAUGGCGACUGAAGCAGCCAUCUUCAUUCCAACCAACUUUGUUGCCUGCCAUCCCGCCUUCGAAGCCUGUAUUGAAGUUUGCGGUCGCUGUGUUAGAGCGGGACAAGUGACUUCUGCUGCGGUUCUGGUGUUCAUGUCAGGUAGAGCUGCCUUUCCCUGCGUUUAAGAAGCCCGAGCUGCGUAACGAUUGCCCCUGCUUCCGCUGAAUUUCAAAGG